AUGGCGCCUGUAAUGAGCAGGGACAGCUACAAGGAUAACGUGAAGUACAUUGCGGAUGUGGACGUUGAGGAACGACAAGGCUUAUUGAGCGAUGAAGAAGGACUGGAAGCCGAUGACAAUGCCAUUGUAUACCGGGUUCUGAACAAGCGCCGUGGGAAAUGUCGGAACCGCCACCGCUUAAAGUGCGCCCUGAAGGGCAUCUUGAAAAUCAGCUUGGUUGGUUUCUUGGUUUGGAUCGCUGUUCGCUUUUGGGCCUUGCAAUCGACUCACCCCGAUGCUCCUCGUCCAAAUUCCCCACCGGCUAUCUGCCAAACGCCCGAGUGUAUCCAUGCCGCCUCCGAGAUCAUCUACAACUUGGACCCGAACUAUGCGAAGAUUGACCCAUGUACCAACUUUGAUCAACUUGUGUGCGGUGGAUGGAGAGAGAGCCACGAUAUGCGCUCUGAUCAGGGGUCAAUCUUUGCCGGAACGAUCAUGGAGGAGAACGGCCAAACUCGUCUCCGUCAUAUUCUAGAACGCUCGGAGGCACCCGACGCUGCUGAUGCUGGGAACUUCAAAAAGCUUAAGAAUGCCUAUAAUUCCUGUCUGAAUGAGGCCGUAAUCCGAAAGCGCGGUAUUGAGCCUCUAGUCAAGAUCCUUGAGAAGCUACAGAAGGUCUACCCUGCGGAUGACGAGAGUGGUCUUGGUGUUGAUCACCAUCUUACCGAGGCCGUCUUAUUUCUCAUAGAAUCCGGGGUUGAGGCUCUUGCAUCCCCAUAUGUUUCUCCUGAUGAUCGGGACCCUGAUAACGUUGCGGUCUUUGUGAACCCUCCUGGGGAUAUUGGCCUUCCCGCAAGAGAAUAUUACAACAAUACGGAGACAGUUGCCAAGUACUCAGCAGUUCUCAAGCAAAUUCUGCAAGCAUUUGAUGUCUCCAACUUUGAAAAGAUCACCGAGAACGUGGUUGCUUUCGAAAAGAAGCUGGCAGAUGUGACCCCAGAUACCGCAACACAGGAAGACGUAACUAAGUAUUACAACCCGCUGAGUAUCGAGGAAACAGACAAAUUGUUGCCUCAAAUCUCCUUCGUGGGAAUCCUUUCAGAGCUUGCACCAAAGGAUUACAAGAGCGAUCGGUUGAUUGUCGGCUCACCCUCCUACAUGAAGGCUCUGUCUGAAAUCUUGAAGAAUACUCCUCGCGAAACGGUGUCCUUUUUCUUCCAGUGGAAGCUCAUCCAGAAAUAUUCCCCCAGUAUUGAGGAUGACAAGAUUGCUCCUCUUCGCCGAUUCACAAACGAACUCGCUGGCAAAGACCCGCAGGCCACGGAGGAAAGAUGGCGAAAGUGUAUUCGAACCCUAGAUGAAAACCUAGGCUGGAGUCUGAGUCGUUUCUACGUGCUGGAUUCAUUCCCCGAGGAGUCUAAGAAGCUCGGCGAUCAGAUUGUAUCCGACAUCAAGGAGCGAUUCGCCUUCACCCUGGAUCAGACUGCUUGGAUGUCCCCGGAUGUUCGGAAGCUAGGUAUUAAAAAGGUGGAGAACAUUAUUCAGAAGAUUGGUUUCCCAACCAAGAGUCCGAACGUGCUAGACCCACAUGAUGUGGAGAACUACUAUGCCGCGCUGGAAGUGUCCGAGAAGUCUUUCUUCGAGAAUGAAGUUGCUGUGGCCAAGUUCGAUCUGAAGAAUGAAUGGUCUAAGCUAGGAAAGCCAACUAAUCGCGAUGAAUGGGAUAUGACCGCCCCGACCGUCAAUGCUUACUAUAACCCCCCUGGCAAUGAGAUCGUGUUCCCAGCUGGAAUUAUGCAGCCUCCAGUCUUCUACGGACCAAAUGCUCCACUAUAUCUAGCCUAUGGAGCCUUUGGAGCCGUGAGUGGCCAUGAACUCUUGCAUGCAUUCGACUCUACAGGUCGGCACUACGACGAGACAGGUAACUUUACCAACUGGUGGGACGACAAUACUGUCAAGGAUUUCGAGGAGCGGGCUCAAUGUUUCGUUGAUCAGUACUCCAAGUUUACUGUGAGCGGACCUGGCGGUAAAGUCCUGCAUGUUAAUGGACGCUUAACUUUGGGUGAAAACAUCGCGGAUGCCGGUGGACUCACCGCUUCGUUCCACGCCUGGAAGAAACGAGAUGAUGCGAAGCCUGAUCUCCAUCUCCCUGGAUUAAGUGAUUUUACUAAGGAGCAGCUGUUCUUUGUUUCUUAUGCCAACUGGUGGUGCGGUAAGACCACCCAAGAAGCUGCCGAGCAAGCUAUCUACAACGACCCACACGCACCCAAGUCAGCGCGGAUCAUUGAAACAAUGGCGAACUCGCGAGAAUUCAAGGAGGCAUUCCAGUGUCCACAGAAGGAGCCGGUUUGCAAGCUCUGGUAA